AUGGUGAACAUCACGGAUAAGAUCAAAGAGAUCGAGGAUGAGAUGCGAAGGACGCAAAAAAAUAAGGCAACAGAGUAUCACCUGGGUCUUUUAAAAGGCAAACUCGCUCGCCUCAGAGCACAACUUCUCGAGCCAGCUGGAGGCGCUGGUGCUGGAGGAGGCUCUGGGUUUGAUGUCAGCAAAAGUGGCGACGCUCGUGUUGCUUUGGUCGGCUUCCCAUCCGUGGGCAAGUCGACGUUCUUGUCCAAAAUCACAAAGACGCGCAGCGAAGUAGCCGCGUACUCGUUCACCACGCUUACUGCGAUCCCCGGUGUUUUGGAGUAUGGAGGAGCCGAAGUACAAAUCUUGGAUUUGCCCGGUAUCAUUGAAGGUGCCGCGGAGGGCAAAGGUCGAGGUCGACAAGUCAUUUCUACCGCCAAAACCAGUGAUUUGGUCGUCAUGAUUCUUGAUGCGACUAAACGGGCUGAGCAGCGUGCAUUGCUGGAGGCAGAACUUGAAGCUGUUGGAAUUAGGCUGAAUCGUGAACCGCCUAAUAUCUAUUUGAAAGCGAAAAAGGCCGGUGGAAUGAAGAUUACAUUCCAAAAUCCACCGAAGAACUUGGACGAGAAAAUGAUCUAUAAUAUCCUCCGGGACUACAAAAUGCUCAAUUGCGAAGUUUUAGUUCGAGAUGACCACGCAACUGUCGACGAUCUGAUUGAUGUUAUUAUGAAAGAUCAUCGAAAAUACAUCCGAUGCCUGUAUGUAUACAACAAAAUCGACAGUGUUAGCGUCGACUUUUUAGACAAGCUUGCUCGUGAACCACAUACAGAAGUGAUGAGCUGUGAGCUCGACCUCGGUAUUUCAGACGUUGUCGACCGCGUGUGGAAAGAACUUCGACUCAUUAGAAUUUACACAAAGCGAAAAGGAAUUGAUCCUGACUUCGGCGAUGCAUUGAUCGUCCGCAGCAACUCGACAAUAGAGGAUGUCUGUGACGCUAUCCACCGUACACUUAAAGAUACCUUUAAAUAUGCAUUAGUCUGGGGAGCAAGCGCAAGACAUAUCCCGCAGCGUGUGGGUUUGAGUCAUCCAGUUUGUGACGAGGAUGUCGUUUCGAUUAUUGCCAAGUAG